UGUUCAUUGCUUCUGUAAUCGGUAUAGUCACUUGUAGGCUUCAGAGAGGCUCUUCAUUCGAUGAUAAUUCCAAAAGUGUAGUAAGAAGUCUGGACAUUACUCUACUGAUGGGGAGCUCCUGCGGACCAUUAAUGGUGUCUGUCUUCUCGCUGGUGGCCAUCUUCUUUCUGCACAUUGAAGGGAACCUCUAUAUCUUGGACCUUUGUUUCUCUCUUUCUAAAACCAUCCAGGUACUUGGCCAAAAUCUAUUCAUAACUGAGGCACUUUAUUCUGGACCUACCAAAAAUAAAAGUGGUACUUCAAGGGCCUGGAUCUACUCCAUAUCUCAAGAUCCAGCGAUGGAGAUCAUACAACAUGUUGUCAGCAAUAAAUCUUCAGUCGAAGGUAGUAGAAGGUCUUUCUCAGAGAAAGAAACCAGCGUAAGAAGCUCAAAAAUCUUGAUUGACUUGGAAAAAGAUGAGCCAAGAAACUUAAAAGCUGGAAGUAGCCUCAUAGACAUGUCCAGUAAAAGGGAAUGCUUAAAGAAAGGUGGCAAACAGAGCUGUUUUAGAACACGGAGAAAGAUUUUACAGAAUAUAUCAAUUCUUUUAAUCUGUUACAAUAUAUCGGUCUGGAUCCUAUAUGCCUAUGGGACCCGUCCGCAUUUGGUGAGCCAAAUCGAGCAGUCCUUCUACGGCUUCACGCUCUGGGUUAUCAUUGUUAAGAUCUCCCUCCCGUUGGGGAUCUUCUACCGAAUGCAUUCUGUUGCCAGCUUGUUUGAAGCAUAUUGUAACAUAUGUGAAGCAGCUGCUUGCUAACCGUCUCCCGACACCUUUGUGCUGAAACUCUGACAUUUGAGUUGCUGAAUGGCAUAGAAUGAAGCCCACGUACAGACUCAACAUCAUCUUCUAUAUGUGAUGACAGCUGUUGACAUCAAUGCAAGAAUAGCUCUGUGGGAAAAUAUAUUUAUGAUUUCAGUAAUUAGCACCUCUUUCUGUGUGUGUGAAAUAUGCAAUGAUUAGCAUUCUGUUUGUUGCUCCUUUGGAACUGCCUUUCAGUUUUUUGACUGUAAUUUUAACCACAGGGCAGUAGCAUCUAAACAGUUUUAUAUCUGAUAUGUUUGGUAAAACAUGCUCUUUUGAAAAGGUAGAUCUAAUUU